AUUGCCCCGAGGAUGCGAGAACGUCUUGGGUUAAGUGAUAGCCGCGGCGGGCAUGCUAACGGCCACAGGCAGCUGUCUGCCACUGGCCGUGUAUUUUGGUGUCGCCGUCGCCCCUCCUCUACGCCCUGGGUCGGUAUCUUUCUCUUCCUCCUCCUCACCUUCUUGUCCGUCCAGUCCAGGCCGCGCUUCCGACUUUUGGCUCGAGGUCAGAGUAGCAUCUGGCCUGCCGUCUGCCCUGGCAGCAGUCCUGCGCGUGGCGGCCGACCACCUCCAGCAGCCAAGCGGGAUGAGCUUCCUGUCCAGGAGCGAGUACGACCGCGGCGUCAACACGUUCUCGCCGGAGGGACGGCUCUUCCAGGUGGAGUACGCCAUCGAGGCGAUCAAGCUCGGCUCCACCGCGAUCGGCAUCCGGACCAAGGAGGGGGUAGUCCUGGUCGUGGAGAAGAGGCUCACGUCGCCGCUCAUCGACCCCAGCACCAUCGAGAAGAUCUAUGAGAUCGACGAGCACAUGGGCUGCGCAAUGAGUGGCCUGACAGCCGACGCCCGCACGCUCAUCGACCACGCUCGCGUGGAGGCGCAGGGCCACUGGUUCACCUACAACGAGCGGAUGCCUGUGGAGAGCAACGUGCACUCUAUCGCAGACCUUGCGCUGGACUUUGCGGACAACAAGGGCAAGAAGAGGGUGAUGUCCCGUCCCUUCGGCGUAGCGUUGCUCGUCGGAGGCUAUGACCCAACUGACGGACCGGUCCUCUUCAACACGGACCCUUCAGGCACAUUCACCAAGUACCAGGCUGCUUCCAUCGGCAGCGCGCAGGAGGGGUCCACCAACCUGCUGCAGGAGCAGUACAACAAGGAUAUGACACUGAAGGAGGCGCAAUGCUACCAGAUCUGUGAACUCGUUCUUUUUUAUGUUUUAGCGAGAUGCCUCUCUUCCACCCGUUUUCCUUUCCCUCAGACCGUCUAUUGCAGCAGCUAGGAGAGUCGGUCCUUAUUUCCGCUCAUCUGCACUCCCUGUGUGCCUAAUAUUUCAUGCUUCGCUCAUAGUGCCAACGCAUGUGACUGCACAUGUCAGUUCAUCUGCCCGGUUGUGUGUAGGCGCAGGCGCAGGUGGUGCAAAUGGGAGUACGCGACGCAGUGCGAGUCAGGGAUAUUGCGCCAGCGUGCGUGCAGCAUGUGCAGGCAUGCGUGGCACCUGGCAUGCCAGGCACCUUUGGUAUCUGCUACGGUCUGCUCGUGCAUGCGAGCCUGGGCGUGUACAAUCAAGCAUCGACUUAGCAUCCAAGACAUGUUCUGUAAAUUUAUCCGCAAGGGCUUCGCCCUCUGCCGCUGGCCCCCU